CCAUUAAUAAUUCUCUCUGAGCAACAUUUUGUGUGGAGUUUUUAUUGCAGAAUUUCGAGGAAAAUUUCCCGGUAACGCUGAAGGCGCGAUGAGCAAGAUCAUUGGCAGCGGCAAUGGCGGCGCGCAGCCAGUAAACCAGGCGUGUUCGGCGUGCAAGCAUCAGAGAAGAAAGUGUACAGCCGAUUGCCAGUUAGCGCCGUUUUUUCCUGCCGAACAGACAAAAAGAUUUCAGUCCGUUCACAGGGUUUUCGGCGUCUGCAAUAUUCUCAAGCUUCUUAACAAGCUCGAAACUUUCGAAGAAAAACAAAGGGCCGUGGAUUCUUUGUGCUGGGAUGCCUCAUGCAGAGACCGUAAUCCUGUGGACGGCAGUCUAGGGUUUUUUAACCUGCAAAUGGAGGAAUUUAAGAACGAAAGGCAGGAGUUUAUCACAGAAAGGGAGAAGUUGCAGAAAGAAUUGGCCUUUGCUCGAAAUCAAGCUCAGACCUAUUUCGGAUUCUAUAAACAUGUUCUGUUGCAGUAUUCGCAAGCUACAGGAAUAAGUUCUGCACAUUAUCAUCAGCAGUUGACCGACAGGUGUCGUCAAGUGGCACAGAACAAUCCUCCUUUUUAUGUGACACAAGAUGCAUUUGCGUAUCCAGUGGCUAUGUCUCAGGCUCCUCUUCAGUUCUAUCAUGGGGCUGGAAUUCAACAGCAAGGUGGUACAAAUUCUAGUGUAAGUGGGCAUUUUGGAGUUCAUACAAUUGGAGGAGCACAACGAGCAGAGAUGAUGGUCCCACAACUUCAAGAGCAACACUACACCAUGAUUGAUACUCACUCACUAACACCAAUGGUUCCUGAAGAACAUAAGCCGCCAAUAACCCAAGAAAUAUGAUUUAUGUUUUUCAAAUGUCUUGUUAUUUGUUAUUUCAUCCAUCACACUACUCUCAUAUUUCUCUUCUCAAAUUAGUCUUUAGAAUCUAGAAGAACAAAAAGGUUUCAAUUUUUCUUUGGAAUGUAGAAGAAUACAAAGGUUUUAGUUUCUCAAUCAAAAAUCUUUCCUAGGAAAGAAAGUGCAUGUACAUAUCAAUAUUUUGAAGAGUAAUCAAUGUCUUUU